AUGGCGGCUGAAGAGCGCAUGACACUGGAUGUGGACACCAUCCUAAGGAGUCCUCAAACACGAGUCACUACGCUUCCCUCAGCGGACAGCAGCCAGGAUCAAAGCCGUGAGGGCCCCUUUGAGAGCGUUGUGGACGUUGUUGAUCCGCCUACCUCGACCACACAGGACGGUGGUGAUGCUAGUCCAUCCACCGCACACCACCAGCGCUCACAAAGGCCGCUUUCCUUUGUGGGAAGCAUGGAUGAGGAGGAGCUGGCAAGCAGCGGCGACUUUGGACCCACAGCAGCAGAUACAACGGGGCAUGGCCUCAGUCAUUCCCUGGCCAACAUAACCUGGGACUUUCCCACAGCCAACGGCCCUCCUCAUGAGCAGGAUGAGCAAGGGACACCAGCCACCCGCCCCGUCAGUGUUGUGGUGCAAGAUGCUGAAGUGGCACCUGCUGCGCCUUGGACCGCCAUACCAGCUUCCAAACGACAGAAUGACUCGUCCAGCAAUGGUAAUGGCAUGGGUGCCAUCAUCCAUUGUGCCGUCAUUCAUCCCGAGGAUGAUCACUAUCGCCGCGAAUUCAUGUCUCGCACCAAGCUGAGGCGGUACAUUCAGCGCUGCAUCGACAACGAUGCAUCGCUCAUGGCAGAGAAUCACCGCUCUCAGAAGCGCGUUCGUACCAUCAAUGCAGCCGCCGCGGCCGCUGCCAAUGAGGCCACCAUGCCGCUGGGCGCUAGCUUGGCACCUCCGACUGGUGCAGCCAACCCUACCCUCUCCGUAGCGUCCGCUCCUGCAGACCCCACCGCCCCCACGAUUUCUAGCCCGCUCUCCCGGGCCGGGGGACGAUCAGCCCAGGGGGCUGGAGGCAAGGACACCGAUGGCGUGCCACAGCGUAUCGAGAUUACUUCUCGGGACAUGCGCCAGCUAGACACAGCCACAGCCACAUCUUCAGAGCCCUUCAUUCGGGUCCGGCGCGGCGCUAUUUUGGUCAAAAUGGGGCCUUAUCAUGCUAUUGUCACGCGACGCGAGCUGCGCAUGUUGCUGCGCGAUGGCGCCGACGAAGCGCUCGGCCGCGUUCUGAAUUGCUUGCCCAUUUCUGAGAGUGGCUCGUUGCCCUUUGAGCUGGCCGUGAUUGACGUACUGCUAACCAGCUGUAUCGAGAUGCUCAGUGAUCGUGUCCGCAACAUUGAAGACAACUCAACAUCCACCUUGCGCGCCAUUCGCAAGCAAAGCGCUUCUCAAGAGCUGGAAAAACUGCGUGACCACAAGGCCGAGCUUCGUACGCAGAUCAUGCAAGCCCAGCGCCUACACCGAGCCAUUGACGAUGUGUUGGAUGACGACAAUGAACUACUCUUCAUGCAGUUGACCCGCAUCGUGCAGGAACCGCUCACGUUUACUGAUGCUAUGCAAGAUGAGCAACGCAAGCGUGAGCUCACCGAAAUCACAGAGGCGCAGAUGGAAGAUUACCUCCAACGCCUCUCCGACCUCCUCAUGCGACUCGACCUCGUGUCUCAACGCAUCGAGUUCUCCGAAACGACCGUCACUUUCAAACUUGAUACCAUGCGGAAUCGUCUUCUCGCCAUCGGCAUGUUUCUCAAUGUGCUCACGGCCAUUCUUGCCGGCGGCGCGCUAAUUGCUGGCUUUUUCGAUCGACCAUUCUUUCCGCUUCGACCGACCCCAAAGCUCAACCCUGGCCUGCCCAAUUCGACAUGCAGGCAUGAACCUGAAGAAUGGCUACGAAGAUUCCAACUCCAAGUUUGA